GUGUCGUGGUGUGGUUUUUCGGAGAAAUAUUGUUCUUGAAACUUUUAUACAAUAAUCAAAUUUGUAUUGUCGUAUUUUUGUUAAAACAAAGACCUUUUAACACACUACGGCACGCAGGAGAGAGCUGGUGUUACCACAAAUACAAAAUUAUUGUAUUUAACAAUGGGAAGCCGUGAACAGGAUCUUAAAAGCACCGUAAGGGAAAUGAGCGAUCGGCUGGAACAGGAAUUGAAAACUAUUACUAAAGGUUUACAAGGUUUACAUCAACGAUUAGACCAAAUAGAACUCAGUCUAAGAUCUCGAGAAGGAACUGCGCCAAAGGACGAAGUUGUUGAAGCUAAAGCUGUUAAGCCAGAUAUUAGACUUGGAUUGUCUAACCCAGGAACUUCUACAUUUACUUCUAAUGCUAAUUCAACACCUUUUUUGAAAUCCCCUUGCUACGUGAACUGGGUUCAGGAAACACAUGGAGGUCUAAAAGAACUACAGCUCGUUAACUUCAAUGACUUGGUCACGACUAUAGACGAUAUUCUUAUGAAAGCGAAUGUAAUUCAAACUUCUGGCACUGAAUUUUCAAUUGAUGAGAUGUCUACAGCUAGAAAAGCAGUAAGAGAGCUCGAUGUAUCGAAAAUAACAAAAUUUAAACGAUUCCCUUCAAAUGGUAACUUUAUAAAUAUUAACCCAAAUUUUGAAAGGAAUGCUGAACUGAAGAAAAUGUUAACAGCUACGGACGUGUCGACUUUUAAAAAAGCGGCUUUAAAUUAUCGCAAUAAUAUUUUGAAACCCGAAAAUACAAUGGAUCAGUGCUCAUUUGAAAUUUUACACAAUUUGGCAUGGGUACUACCAAGGUCACGACCGACUGAAAUAACAAAUACAAGAGGCUCAGAGCCGAAUACAUAAUUUCAAUUUCAAAGAACACUAUAUUGCCGACGACCUCAAGGACUAUAUGGACAUGGAACGCGAGCGCAGGGCACUGGCGGUGAGGACGAAGAUGCUGGCUCGCCGGUUUGCUUGAUGUAAGGCAGAGUGAAGGUCACACUUUUUAGAGCCUAUUGCUAUAUGCUCUGCGGGCCAGCUAUACCCAAAGCCUGCUCAGUGCCCUGCGUACGUAUUAUAAUAACGCCUUCACGACGCUGCUGCAGCUGCCUUGGUUCUGCAGUGCGUCUGCCAUGUUUGCUGAAGCUCGCGUCAACAGCUUCACGCUAUUCUUACGGAAGAAGUAGGCGUCUUUAUUAAACAGAAUAAGUGGCAGCAGCAACAGCCUACUGAAGACUAUCGCGGAUAGGAGUGAGUGCCCCGUGAUGCGGCACUUACUACAACCACAAAGUCCGUUGUAGAAUUUAAGUACUAACCUAAUUACAAGCUAUUUUUGUUACUAGCACUUGAUGGGUCCCUGUUGUCCGUAAUAAAGAUUUAUUAUAGUAACAUAGUAGAUUUUAUUUUAAGAAGGUACUGGUUUCCUUGUAUCGCCUGUAUUAACACUGAUUUGGUCUUUUAUGGAAAUGUGAAAUAUCUACUGUUGUAUGAUUUUCAUGUUCAUUUAUUUGCGUUUCACAUGGAUGAUAAAGUUAUACAUGUGAUACCCUCUAAGCGUGUAGCAAAGUUACAAUGGAAUUUAAAUACAUUGCAAGCUUGAACGUAGUUAAUUAGUUUAGAUGAUUAAUUAUAAUAUUGAUUA